CUCUCUCUCAGAAUCCCAACAACAAACCAAAACGACGUCGUAUUCAGCCACCCUUUCUCCUCCUCAACCCCUUCACCACCCCGUUGUUGUUAUUAUCAUGGCUACGCAAUCCGUGUCCAAUCAACAACGAACCAGACCCGUCGAGAAACAGACUCCUUUUUUUCUCUCUUUCCUCUUUUCCAUUUCUGCCUCCAAAUCCUAAACUAUUUUCUUCCAUUUUUGCCCCUACCUCUACCUUGCCAAUCUUAGUUCCUUCCCCCGCGUUUUCCGGGCCAGUGGACCGAAUAUUCUCGAGUUUGAAUUGUUAGGGAUUGGAAAAAUGGCGGUGUUUGGUGCAAAGUGGCGGGGUGUGAGAUCCGUGUGCAUGGUGUUGUUCAACUUUGCUGUCGCAUUUGUGUGUAUCAAGGCCGAGAGAGGCCUCAGGCUCGAAAGCGCGAGGUUCGAUGAGGAUUCUGUUUCCGGCAAUGACUAUCUUUUCCGAGCUGUUAAUUUCUUGUGGCAGUCGGAUAAAGUCGGAUACAGACAUGUUUGGCCGGAGAUGAAAUUCGGGUGGCAGAUUGUUGUGGGGAGUGCUAUUGGAUUCUUUGGAGCGGCGUUCGGGAGUGUUGGUGGUGUAGGUGGUGGUGGGAUAUUUGUUCCCAUGCUUAGCUUGAUUGUUGGGUUUGAUCCAAAGUCGGCAACAGCUAUAUCGAAAUGUAUGAUCAUGGGUGCAGCUGUCUCAACUGUGUACUAUAAUCUUAAGCUAAGGCAUCCCACGCUAGAUAUGCCCAUUAUCGACUAUGAUUUGGCGGUGCUUAUCCAGCCGAUGCUCAUGAUGGGAAUUAGUAUAGGAGUGGCAUUCAAUGUCAUCUUUGCUGACUGGAUGGUCACAGUUUUGCUUAUUGUUCUUUUUAUAGGCACGUCAACAAAAGCAUUCUUCAAGGGUGUUGAUACAUGGAAAAAGGAAACUAUCAUGAAAAGGGAAGCUGCAAAGCAACGGGAAUCAAAUGGCGCUGGUGGGGAUGCAGAAUACAAGCCUCUUCCAGGUGGCCCAAAUAGUGAUCAACAAAAGGAUCCAGAGGUCUCUCUUGUGGAGAACGUUUACUGGAAAGAGUUUGGACUUCUGGUUUUUGUCUGGGUUGCAUUUCUUGCACUGCAAAUUGCCAAGCAUCACACAUCUACUUGUUCGGUAGCCUAUUGGGUAGUGAAUUUGUUACAGAUCCCAGUCUCUUUAGGUGUAUCUACGUAUGAGGCAGUUGGCCUGUACCAGGGACGGAAAGUGAUAUCAUCUAAGGGAGAGGAAGGGACAAAUUGGCAAGUGCACCAGCUGAUUCUCUACUGUCUUAUGGGUGUCGUUGCAGGAAUUGUAGGAGGAUUGCUUGGACUAGGUGGAGGAUUCAUUAUGGGUCCACUAUUUUUGGAACUCGGAAUCCCCCCUCAGGUCUCCAGUGCCACAGCUACCUUUGCAAUGAUGUUCUCGUCCUCUAUGUCUGUUGUAGAAUACUACCUUCUAAAACGAUUUCCAGUUCCUUAUGCUGCUUACUACACGGCCGUGGCUACCAUUGCGGCCAUUACAGGACAGCAUGUUGUGAGGAGGCUGAUCACUAUAUUUGGAAGGGCCUCAUUGAUCAUUUUCAUUCUAGCUUUUAUGAUUUUUAUCAGUGCAAUCUCACUCGGUGGGGUUGGCGUAUCGAACAUGAUUUGGAAGAUAAACCACAAUGAAUACAUGGGUUUCGAAAACCUUUGCAAGUAUGAUGGAUAGCCUGUGUAUCUUUCUUAAGAUUUGUUUUGUUUUUUGCUCUUUAAUCUAGAAGAAAAAUGUAGUAUCAUCAGAGAUGGCCUGUUGUACAAGCUAGGUCAAACUAGAUGAGAUCGAAUUUCUGUUUCUCUGAAUUUUCUUAUAUGUUUCCACAGUCGCAAUCUUGUAUCACUAGAAUCAACACAUUU